AUGAAUCGUUUAUUAUAUCAUACAUUGACUAGAAUGACUAAAGGUAAUAUAUCAGGGAAACCUAUUAGAAGUGCUGGAUGUUUGAUCAUUGGUGAUGAAAUUUUAAAUGGUAAAAUUCUCGACACUAAUUCAUAUAAUUUUGCUAGAUUUUGUUUUAAAGAUUUGUCCAUUCCAUUGAAAAGAACAAUUGUAUGUGGAGACGACGAAGAUGAUAUUAAAAAAUGUCUCGAUAUGUUGAUCAAAGAUGAUUUGGACUUUAUUGUCACAUCAGGGGGGUUAGGAAGUACACAUGACGAUAUUACUUAUGAAGUAAUUAGUAAAUAUUUCAAUGUGGAUUGUAAAUUAGAUAAAGAAGUUGUUGACAGAAUGAAUUCGAUCCGGGGUGAUUAUCUCAACAAGUUGAACCCAGAACAAAAGAAUGCAUUUUAUAGAAUGGCAACUAUUCCUUAUCCCACACCAGAAAACUCUUCUGUUAAAGUUGAAAAAUAUUUCUUGGAUGAUAAAUUAUGGUUCCCGAUUGUGGAGCUCAAUGAACAGGUUUAUAUUCUUCCUGGAGUCCCCCAGUUAUUUACUCAACUUAUACAGGACAUGAAACCCAUGUUGCAAUCUAGAGCUAUAUCAUCAAAUUUAAUGAGAAGAUACGUGCUGACAAAAACAGGAGAAACACAAUUGGCUCCAUUUUUGACUAGAUUACAACAUGAAUGUGAUGAGAAAUUCGGUAAAGGAGUGUUAAAAUUGGGUAGUUAUCCACAUAUGAAUUUGCAUAUUAAUACAAUCAGUGUUAUUGGUACUAAUUUAAACAAAGAGCAAUUAGACUGGGUAGUCAAUUCUGUAAUUGAAAAUGUUGGUGGUGGUGCCAAAGAAAUCAGUCAAGAACAAGAGGAUGAAAAUAGUAAAUAG